AUGGCCACGAUCGAGCCACGCUUAAUUCAUCUGCUCAACGAGCAGACGAGACCGCAACUUAACCAUGCCGAUCUUCCACCGCUUCAUUCCCUUGCAUUCCCUUCUGCCACUGAUCGAUCAUUGGCCCCAAUCGAGUCCGACACGAAUCAUCGUGGUGAUAGACCACUUGCUGACACGCAGUCUGUUAUAAACGCCGUUGAUUUAAUAAAUUUGACCAACGAUGAUGUUUCUUCAGAACUCCGCAAGGAAGGGAUUGUCCAGGAUGGAAAGAUUGUAUCGGCUUCAGGAGGAUUUCCGCUGCGAGUAGCUUCUACGGACUCGGAUGCUGUAGAACCAACCAAUUCAAUAAGUCGGUUAUUAGGUGACGGUCCUGAGCUUCUUGAAGACGUAUCGAAAAAAAAGCGACAUCGCGGCCUUCAUGUCAAAGAUGAGUUCAUGCAGCUCCCACAACCACUGAAAAAGCAAAAAGCCGCUCAGCAAGCGCCAGUAAUGCCACCGAUCAUCAAUGGGCUUCACGAACCUCCACCUCACGCCGCUUUGUUUCCUCCUAUAUCGUCGGAUUCGUUUAAUAGCAAGGAUGGCUUGCAUAUGAAGGCAAUGCCCAAUUUUACGCAGCCUUCCGCCCAGCCAUCCACUCAAGCGUCUCAAGAGGCUGAAACGGUUUCGGUCGCCAGCAAAACGCGCAAGCGGACCAGCAAACCGAGACGGAAGUGGUCUGAAGAGGAGACAAACCAUUUGUUAUUGGGCGUCAAUCGAUAUGGGGUCGGGAAGUGGACGAGCAUACUUGAAGAUACCGACUUCAAGUUUAACGACCGGACAGCUGGGGAUCUCAAGGAUCGGUUCAGGACGUGCUGUCCUGAGGAGCUCCGCAAGUCCAACCGACCGCUUGAACUGGACUCGCCUUCACGCCUCGACCAAGGGUCGGACCAGAAGGGCAAAACAGAUGUGCACUUUGAAAGGAUACUGAUAGAUGGAAAUGGUGCAUCAGCGACGGACACGGCCUCAACAAUGCAGCAAGACGUUGACACUACUCCUAAACAGAAAAGAAGUCGAGCACAUCGCAAGAAAAUGGAGGAUCUCGUGGAGCUCGGUAUACAUGGGCCCUUCAAAAAGUCGCAUCGCCGCGAACGCCGACCUUUUACUGAACAAGAUGACAUGGAAAUUCUUCAGGGUUUGGAGAUACACGGACCCGCUUGGACCAAGAUUCAUCGUGACCCGCGCUUCCAUCUUUCCAGUCGCCAACCAACGGAUUUGAGAGACCGAGUACGCAACAAAUAUUCCAGUGUUUAUCAACGAAUCGAGAAAAGCAAUCUCCAAUCUAGGGAGACGAGCCGAGGGAACGAUGUCAUGGUGCCUGUGAGAAUACCAGCUGCGAACCCAUUUAAACCUCGAAAGGCUACAACACUAGAGCCACAAAUGAACCAGUCGACCUCGCGCGAAGAUCUUUCUCGAUGGCCAGCUCAGCAAAAAAUCGAGACAGGCGAUAUCAUGGGAACAGGUCACGUUUUCGAGUUCGGUGAAACUAUGCCCCAUCAAUUCAUGGGCGGCGAAAUGGACAUCUCGCGCUUAUUACUUGACGAUGCCAAGCUUUCACCAGCGAUUCCACGGUUUAGUAUUGAGGGCAUCCCUGGUCUUUCUCCACCAGCAAAUACCCCGCAGAAAAGUCACAUCAAAGAGGGAAUGCAACACCCGAGCAGAUUAUCAACAGUCAGGCCAGCAUCUGUGUGGGGCGAGAUCCAGCACAGUUUCUUUUUCCUUAUUUUGAAACCAACCGACACAAUGGCCCGCGGAAUCAAGAAGCACCAGAAGCGCCUCAGCGCCCCCUCGCACUGGCUGCUUGACAAGCUGUCCGGCACCUACGCUCCCAAGCCUUCUGCCGGUCCUCACAAGCUUCGUGACUGCAUGCCCCUGAUCGUCUUCAUCCGAAACCGCCUCAAGUAUGCUCUAAACUACCGCGAGACCAAGGCCAUCCUGAUGCAGCGACUGGUCAAGGUCGACGGUAAGGUCCGCACCGAUUCCACCUACCCCUCCGGCUUCAUGGACGUCAUCACCAUCGAGAAGACUGGCGAGAACUUCCGUCUUGUCUACGAUACCAAGGGCCGAUUCACCGUCCACCGAAUCCAGGCUGAGGAGGCUGAGUACAAGCUUGGCAAGGUCAAGCGUGUCCAGCUUGGUCGCGGUGGAAUCCCAUUCUUGGUCACGCACGAUGCACGAACCAUCCGCUACCCUGACCCUCUGAUCAAGGUCAACGACACUGUCAAGAUUGACCUCGCCACUGGCAAGAUCACUGACUUCAUCAAGUUCGACACUGGUGCCGUCGUCAUGGUCACUGGUGGUCGUAACAUGGGCCGUGUUGGUGUUAUCACUCACCGUGAGCGCCACGACGGAGGUUUCAACAUCGUCCACGUCAAGGAUGCCAUUGACAACAGCUUUGCUACCCGUGAGAGCAACGUUUUCGUCAUCGGCCAGGACAAGCCCUGGAUCUCUCUGCCCAAGGGCAAGGGUGUCAAGCUCACCAUCGCUGAGGAGCGUGACCGCCGACGUGCUUACGCCAUCUCUCACUAA